UUUACGGUGUAGUAGUCGCGGCCGCAGUAUGAACGGGGCGCAUAUAUAUGUGACCAGCUGAGUGAGUGAGUCGGUUAUCGUGAAACAUUUGUAGCAGACAGUCAUCUGUCGAUCGGGCUGUUCGUGUUCCAGCAGCUGCACCACAUCCUCUCAUCGUCUACACUCGGCUAACAUUCAAUUUCCCGUCGCCGACUGCAACACAUUGCCUGGGUCUUCUUCGGAGCAAGACUUAUUUACGAGUUACUGCAGCUGCAAGUUGCAUAUAUUAAUCUACAUAUACCGGCAUCGCAAACAGGCCAUUUCCUUGAAUUUCGCGGUUAGAGAAAAUGUCAGCCUCGGAGCAUGCAGCGCAGCUGGCAGCCGUUGCUGAAAGUGACCGGCAUUUCCAGCUGACAGCUGCCGGCCAGCCGUUCUCAAUGGACGCUCAACGGUCAGCUGAGAGAGCCAGCAGCAUCAGCGAGCAGAGUAGCGCUGCAGCAAAUUCCAGCGUAUUCAGCGCGGCGCAUGCCGGCCUAGACAGCAGCCUGCAUCACAGACGUGCCAGCGCCGAUCUGCAGAAUCAGAUCAGCCUCAGCGCGCCGCCCAGCUUCGCUAUCGUUAGCGCCAUGUGCGCUUCUCCCUCUGCCGCAUCCGUGUCUGCAGUGACAGCCAACAACCGGCUGACCGCAGCCGAUCGCGAUCGCCCGCUGCACCCACACAGCUUCCCGGAAUGCUACCGUCUAAAUGUUCAUAACACGUUUGUGCCGGCUGACAAUCAUCAGGAAAUUCUUCUAGCAGAGCAUCAGUCUAAUACGGAUACGCAUUACGGCAAAAAGAAACCGGCAGGUAAAACACAGCCGGCAGAUGUGCUGAAUUGCAGCCAAGUGAAGACGGUCAACAGCGCCGCCGCCGCUAAUAACGCUAACGACGACGACACCGGGAAGGCAACAACCGCGGACGCAUUGGUUACCGGCAAGUGCAGCAGCAGCAGCGCUGCCGUCGCGGUUAAAGAACGUGGAAAUUCUGUUGCUGUUGGAGUUAAGAGGAAUAAGCGUCCGACGCCGUCCCUGGACGAAUCGAUUGCAAGCAAGACGGACAUGAUGAACUGCGCGGCGUCCUCCGCGUCGUCGGCCUCGGCGUCGCCCGGACCCAGUCUGCCGGUGCCGGAGCAGGACAAGCGUAUGCGCCGCGAGAUCGCCAACAGCAACGAGCGCCGACGCAUGCAGUGCAUCAACAACGGCUUCGUCAGUCUCCAGAACAUCCUCCCCAAGAACUACAUGAAACGCGGCGAGAAGAUGAGCAAGGCGGCCAUCCUGCAGAGCACGGUGGACUACAUCACCAAGCUGGUGACGGACAAUCAGAAGCUGCAGAGCAAGAACGACGUCCUGGCGCAGAAACUGAACAGCGCCCGUCUCGACAGCGGCGGAGAAUCGAACGACGAAGGCAUCUCGGUGUCGGAGGACCGCUGCGUCAGCACCACGGAGGCCUCCAGCACCGCCGGCGGCACGGCGCUGCAGUGGCGCGCCAAAUGGGAGCAGGAGCACUAUCUGUGCACGCAGGCCUACGAGGACAUUCGCCGCUUGCUGGCGCAGAUGGAGUACUGCCCGGCCGGCUGCGCCAAGCACAUUCCCACCGCCCAGCACCAGCCACAACAGCCGCCGAAUAUGGUGCAGCUGCGCCACGACACCGCCGCCGCGACCGCCCCCGGGGCCGGCGAUCUGCAGCUGCCCAGUCUGCCGGUGGCCGUGCCGGUGGAGGACUAUCUGAUGGCCGUCAAGAACGUCACGGUGCCGCUGGCCAUGCCGCUCCUCGUCACCGCCAACGAGAUGGACAAGAUGGCCGCGUCGCGCGUCAUCAAGGUGGACACGUACUCGCAGUUCCCGGAGCCGCCGGCGCCCGGGAGUCCCGGGGCGGCGGUGGCCACGGAGGGGGUCAAGCGCCGGGUGGAGUCGCGGCGCAAGAGCAGUCUGCGCUGUCCCUGCGGAUCCUCCACGUGCAACGUCCUGGUAUGUACUCAGGCGGAACGGGACGCUAUGGGACGGCGGCAGAACCUGACGGGCUUCGACCUGCUGUUCGAGGCCAUCACCUACUCGGAGCUGAACGCGCAGUGGGACUGCGGCCGCAGCGACUCGGGCUGCAGCGACGAGACGGUGCGCUCCGCCGAGCCGCCCAAGAAGCGCGCGCGCCACACCAAGAACAGCGAGCACCGCGCCUCCUAAACACACGCGGCCGCUCCCUUCCUGUGCAGCGGACGAACGUACCUACUUAUCCUGGCAAUUUGAGCGCGGGAACCGGAGGGAUAAUCCUGCAGCGACGCGGAGAACGCGGCGCCAUUUGCUCAGCUUGUACUAUAUGCUCCUUGGUUCUUCUCUCUCUUUCCCGCGCUUUUCUCUUCAUAUCCAUUCAUUAAUCAUGCCGAAGACGGCCAGCGUCCGCCCUGGCAGUUUCGUGGGCCGCGCGCUAUGCCAAAGAUGAAUCUCCUGCUGCUGCUUCCUUCCUGUUUUUCCCGCGCGGACGAUCGGCGGUGUUUUCGACGUGUGUUUUUGCAGCCCAGCAUGAAGCAACGUUGUCAGUGCGGCGAGGUUUUUUCUAUUAUUUAUUGGAUGCCUCUAAUUUAUUCUUUUUUUGUACCGAAUUUUUUUGGCCGGCUGUUUUCAGUCGGGCGCGCGCAAUCCAGAGAAUUGGCGCGCAUUUUGCACGUUUCCUUACACAAUAUGUUGAGCAUGCGAUAGCGAUGUUGCGAUGUUUGGUGUUUGUUUGUGAGUGGGUACGAGUUUAGCGUUUGCGGCUGUUUUUGGACGAUGUUUUCUUGAAUUUGCACUUUGCUAGGGCAGCGUGGUUUUGUUUUCUAAUUCCUGUGCGGUGUCUGCAGCUGGCGGCGUUGUCGUUCAAGUGCGCAUAAUAAAUUCUCUUGUUUC